UCAUGGGAGAAUAGCCAUCGUAUCCCGUAUUCCCAAACCGGCCGGAACCGCUGCUUUGGCUCAUCACUGAGACACCAUUCGAUGGCAAAUAGGUUUGACCCGUUCGUUGUUAUUAUUACGGAUGCAAAUAGUCUGAACUUGGUAUGAAUACAAACCUCUGUCUUUAAGUUUUAUAUAUAAUUGCUGUAAUCAAUAUCGCCCCGUCCAACAAAAUGCAUAUGGUUUGCAUGCAACCGCUGCCCGAGUCAAUCUACUAUCAGUAUACAAAUCAUGUCACGAUAAAUUGUACAAUAGUUACUAGGGAGAACCGUACUUAUGAAGUUUGGUUGGUAAAAGUGGGAAAUCGAUUUGAAUUUCGUGAUCGUUGGGACGAAUUUGUACGAGCAGAAGAUAUUCGCGCGGGCUACAUUUUGUAUUUCGAGCGCAACAGUCUGUAUGAAUUUGUUGUGAAAGUUUUCACUUGUAAUUCGGUUGAACGACCUCCCCAAUAUCGCUUCUUAGUGGAUAUGAAGAAAACGCAUGUGCAACGGGAACGUUUGGCCAUUCCGAUGAGUUUUUGGAGGGAUCAUAUCGAACACCAAGUUAAUGAUACUACGAGAGCAAUUUUAUUUUGUAAAGGAGGCCGAUACACUGUUCCAAUAAUCCAAGCGCAUGGGAAGGCGUUGAUAGAACACGGUGAUGCGCGUGAAUUUAUGGACCAAAGUGGAAUCGUGGAGGGCAUCACAUGCAUAUUCACCUUAAUUGGAUAUGAGUGUGUUGUUUUCAAGGUACGGUUACUGGAUGGUUGACAAUGUAAUCGUGCGAGAGACUUUGGCGUACAAACACCGGUUUUCAUUAUCUUUCAUGUUUGGACUAAUUUUAUGUGUUCGAAUUCGUAAUUGGACCGAAU